CGACCCAACCUCUCAAACCUCAUCGACCAUCCAUCCAUCAGCUACUCAAACAGUGAGUGAGUAGCUGCUCCAGCUCUAGUACGUACUCAACCUCACACACCGACGUACGCCCAUCGAUCAGCUAGCAGUUAACCAGCAAUGUCCACCAUGUCAUGCUCCUCUAACCUCUCGCUCAACGCCCGCGCCCUCCCAGGCAGCGCUGCCGCCAGCCGGAGCGUGCCCCCAGCCGGCCGCCUGCUCCUCCCGCAAGGACCUCCCACCGGCACCCGCGGAGCGCACGGCUGUCGGCCGCGCCGCCUGUCUCAUGUCACGUCGGCGGUGUCAGCCGACGAAGCGCCACCGACCAAGGAGAAGAAGGCGGACUCCUUCGUCGGAGACAUGGAACGUGGCACCCUGGCCGAGGAUUCCGGCCGCUCCGACGGCGAGCUGACGUCGCGGUGGCGGGAGAUGCACGGCUGCAACGACUGGGACGGCCUGCUGGACCCCAUCGACAGGACGCUCCGCGGGGAGCUCAUCCGGUACGGCGAGUUCUCGCAGGCCUGCUACGACUCCUUCGACUACGACCGAUACUCCCGCUACGCCGGCACCUGCAAGUACCCCCAGGAGUCCUUCUUCAAGGACGUCGGCCUCGCCGGCGUCGGUUACCAGGUCGCCCGCUACCUCUACGCCACCUCCCACGCCCGCUUCCCCAGCUUCGGCGUCCGGAAGCACAACCCCAGCGACGACAGGAUGUGGAGCGAGACGGGCACCUUCAUCGGCUUCAUCGCCGUGUCCACCGACGAGGAGACGGCCCGCAUCGGCCGCCGGGACAUCGCCGUCGCCUGGCGAGGCACCGUCACAAAGCUCGAGUGGAUCUCCGACAUAACCGCGUUCCUCAAGCCUGUCGGCCAGUUCGGGCUGCCGUGCCCUGACCCCAGCGUCAAGGUGGAGGAGGGUUUCGCGGAGCUUUACACCAGCAAGAACCCGGAUUGCAAGUACUGCAAAUACUCGGCGCGGGAGCAGGUGCUCGCCGAGGUGCGGAAGCUGGUGGAGCGGUACACCGGGCAGGGCGAGGAGGUGAGCGUCACCGUCACAGGCCACAGCCUCGGCGCCGCGCUGGCCGUGCUCUGUGCCUACGACAUCGCCGAGACACGAGCCAACGUGUCCACCGGCGGUGCCAAGGCGCCCGUUUGUGUCUUCUCCUACUCGGGCCCGCGCGUUGGGAACCCCAUGUUCAGGGAGCGGUUCGAGGGGGAGCUGGGCGUGAAGGCGCUGCGCAUCCUCAACGUGCACGACUCGGUGCCCAAGGUGCCCGGCAUCUUCACCGAGGCCGUCCUCCCCAUGCCGCUGCUGCGCGUGGCCGGCGCGCUCGGCCUGCCCAGCGUCUACUCCCACAUCGGCGUGGAGCUGGCGCUCGACCACAAGCUCUCGCCGUUCCUCAAGGACGUCUUCGACCUCGCGUGCUACCACAACCUAGAGGCGCACCUCCACCUUCUCGACGGCUACCAGGGCCGCGGCAAGGAGUUCAAGCUCGGGGGCAGGGAUCCCGCGCUCGUCAACAAGGCCGCCGACUUCCUCAUGGACGAGCACAUGGUGCCCGACGGGUGGCGCCAGGAGUUGAACAAGGGCAUGGUCAGGACCGAGGACGGGCGGUGGAUGCUGCCGCAUCGCCCCAGGAAUGUUGAGGAACACCCGGAAGACACCGAUCUCCACCUCGCCGAGCUCGGCCUUGCCGCCGCCGUCACCGCCAAGGCCACCGCUGCCGCCACCGCCAACGUCUGACUGAUCGUUCCAUCAUGGGCUGGCCGGACAUGCACGUGUCCAUUCAUCAUCACUAUAUUGCAUUGCAAGUAUAUAUAUAGUUGCGAUGAAUACACUAGUUAGUUACGAUCGAGUUACCCUACUAUAUCUUAGAAAAUGGAGUAGCCUUAAUGGAAAUUAUACGUGGAUCACCAAAUAAUUGAUCUUAUGGUGAAUUAUUAUUGUAUUGUAUGACAAUAAAAAUUAAGACAAAGGGCAGUGGUUAAAAUGAGGUUUAUUUUUUUGUA